UUUGGCAGCACAACCGUCCCAACUUCCUCGUCGUAUCACUACUUACUAUCGAUCGUGAUAGCAGGAUGAGAAAUUCCCCAAAGUACCGCUGUUCGGCGAUAUAAGCAUUUACUCGGGUGCUGCUAUGCUUUGCGGCCCAGCUGUGCAAGUGAUGAUGAGGAGGAGAACUAAUCCGAUAAGCAAGAGAUCGAUACUGCAAUUUCGCAUAUCGACACAGAUCUUGCUGCGUCACGCAACUUUCGCUCACUAUCUCAAACUUUGCGAAGUCGUGGAGCAACACUGGCUAUCCUUGCAACAGUUCCAGCUAUACAUAUAUCCGAUGUAUCCUGGCAUGAGACUACGAUGCUCACGACAUUAGGAUCUCUCUCACUCGAACGAACUGCUUCCUACUGAAGGAAUAGCAAAAUGACUCCAAAUCCUCGCAACUCCAAGAGUACGCAGCCGAAGAAGGCAUCCAAACCGAAAAGAGUUCCCGAUGUCCCCAUACCGGACUACUGCCAAUACAACAUCACAGCGUAUCCUCUCUUCUCUAGAGGCAUCGCUUUCAGAGUAAUAGAUAACAGUCCAAGCGAGAUCGACAGAAAAAACUCCAUUGUACCUAUCCCAGAAGACGAGACGACAGAAGAUAUCCCCGACAGUCCCGAGCCACCAUCUCUCACCAAAGCCUUAGCAAAACUCCAAAUCUCAGAUCACAGCGUCAAAGACAUCAAGGAAGAUGAACCUAUCUCAGUCACAUCAACCAAGAGUACCGAUACAAGCCUGACCAACACCACCGCCACCAGCAGCAGUACAGCCAGUACAACCUUCACCGGCAAAAUCUCACUCUUUCCAACCCUCUCCUCCGCCCACACCAUCCUCAACAACCCAAAAGACCCCAACACCGGUCUCCAAAUCCUCUACACAUCCUGGGACCGAGCCCUAGGCCAAUCCCGCUGGCUCCAACGCCACAACCCCUCCUCCUCCUCCAACAUCUCCAUCCAAGCCCUAGACCUCGACCUCCUAUCCUACUACACCCCAAUCUACUCCUCACCCCUCCUAAUCGAAGAACUCCACCGAAGAAAGCUCGGCCGAACCCUCCGAACCCGCACCUUCGCUUCAGAAAUUCUGGUAUAUUCCAACACCCUCGAUCUGGGAAUCGGACAAUUAUUCGAAAUCCCAGCCGGAGGCAUCUCUCGUUCCCUCACGACCUAUUUCGGAACGAUUUCCCUGCCGCAGGAACUUUGGGACGAAAUUGAAUUUUAUGCGGAGCAUGAGGAGGAGGAUGUGAAGAGGGAGAGUCCGGAGAUGUAUUAUUCGAGUGCGUUUCGACGCAAUGGGAUGGAAGAGGAAGAAGAAGAAGAAGAAAAAGCGGAAGAUGUGAGGAAAUUGGAUUCGGUGUUGAGUUGGUUUUUUCUUGAGAUUUUUCGAUGUCGGGGAUGGUUAGAUGAGGGGAAAUUGUUGCAGGUGGUUGCGGGGAUGAGUGAGGUGAAGGGGAAGAUAUAUGGGAGGGUUGAGGUGCAGCAACGGAUGGGGACGAGGUGUUCGAGUGUUUCUGCGAUUUAGAAAGGAUAUUGAGACAGGAGAAGAAGAUGUCGUUCGUAUCAGUCGGAUUUUGUGGAUUUUAGAAAUAGAUGAUGAUGAUGAUAAUAUUAUACGUAGGACCAGUCUUCAAUCAACAUCGCCUGCAUAGC